GACUCCGUUUUCAUAUGAAGUCUUUCAUUGGAGUCAGUUGAGUUGUGACCACGAACCGGUCCGGAUGUAUCAAUUACGGACUCUUUGUACAUAAUUCAAAAGAUCUUAAUAUUUUACACAUUCUUUUUUUCAUCGUGAAAACCAGACACUUGUUAUGUGAAUAGUGAGCUUGAAAUGUAUAAAUAUACAGAACUUUCAUAGUUUAUACAUUUUAGUUGAAAAAAUAUCAAGGCAAUAUUGAUGAGCUGACGAAGAACUUAUCAUUUCAUGGAGUCAUGAUUUUUGUGUUAUUCUGUUAAAAAAUGCGAUAAGGGAAUUAUAACAUAAAAUAGAUUGAUUAAUUUGUAUAUUGGAAUUGUGUGUAAUUGAUAUCAAAGUUUUUGUUAAGACUUGGAUGCGAUGUGUUUAUACAAAAGUAGGAAGUGUCUUAUCAAUUUAAUUUAAUUGAAAAGACUUCUCUCUUUGAAUUGUGUGAAAAGAUAUAAUGUUAUGAGGAAUCAGGCAUUAAUGGAGCAUCACAAAAGACUAAACAAAUCAUGUGAGAUUUGUAUUAUGUAUAGAACGUGGAUGAUGAUUAAGAAGAAUUGUGUAAUGAAUAUAUGUAACGUGCUAUUAGGUGAGAUUCCUUCAAAUCACACCUAUUUUAUACUCCUAUAAUUUUUAACACAUUUAAUACACGACAAUUCUUUCUCUUGAGCAGUAAUAAGAAUGUGUCGUAAAAAUUUCCAAUGAAGUGGUAUUGUAAUGCUUCAAAUCAAUAAAAUAUGGUCGGUGAAUGAUUGAAUACAGGUUUUAACUGAGCCUUGUAGAAGGGAAGUUAUAUUUACCUAGUGAACGUCGAUAUUCAGAAUUGUAAGUGUGAUCUUUUAUAAAAGUGAGACUCUCGUGGAACUAAUAUAUAAUAAACUCCCAUAAUAUUUUGCCGUGCAAAUAGUUACAUUAUAGCGUGAUUGAUAAACGAUUAGUUUUAAUUUAGUUUCAUAUUACACUAUCCUGUGAACUGUAUGUCGUAAUAUACCUGAAGGAUUUUUCUGGUAUAAUGUGUAGCAAAAACACUUAAAACAAGUAGAGAAUAUGCAAGAAGUGAAAAGAAGUAGUUCAAAAUUAAGAAAAUCCGAGAUAAUAAAAUAGUGCAUUAUGUUGUAAAUGAGUAGCAUAUAAAAAAAUCAGAGGAAAUAAUGCUACUUGGGAGUGUUAAACAGUGAUUCUUUACACAUUUAAUUGUUAGAAAAUUCGUAUUAAAAUUGAACUUUAUUUUUUACAUGCCAUUCGGUAUAAAUGCCAAUUAAUAUUGAGCUGAGCGAGAGCAAAAGUAAGCUCUAUAAUUUUCCAAAUGUUCAACUUGUUCUUGUGAAAUACUCAAAAGCAUAUUGUGGUGUGGAUGCUAUAAGUUGGAUCACGUUUAAAAGAUGCCAAUAACGAAAGAACAGUGCAAUGAGAAGGGCAAGAAGGAGAGUCUUCUAAGGCCCUCCAGUGGCCUGAGCUACAGUGUAUUAGAUUUACAAUCAAUUCGAAGAUUGCUAGAAAGUGAGACGACCAGCAGCGAUGGUGAUACAUGUCCAAGUUGUCAAAUGCCAUUUGACAAAGGUAAAAAGCGGAAAUUAAUUGAUACCUGUGGACAUGAGCGUUGCUACUCAUGCAUGUUCAAAAAUGAACAGUGUCCUACUUGUAACUCUGGACAGAAGUCGUUUCAAUCCACAAACACAUCUGGCAAUAAUGGUAAAUUAUCAGCUAAUGGUGGUUGCCAUAUUCAGGAAAGUGAUUUGCAAACAUCUUCAGGGUCAAGUGUUGCACAAAGAAGCAGUGAGUUGAUCAAGUCGAGAUUCAGUUCUGUCUCGCAAUUGCUGCAGAUUAACCGAAAAGACUCCAAGCAAGAAAACAUGAAACAUAUAAAUCAUGCGGCUCUCAAGAAGUCUGAAGAUCUAACAGCUCGCCUUUGUGCCACUCCUCCGCAGAAUCGUAGGAAGAUAUUUAACACGAAAAAUCUUCGUAGUCCUUUUGGUAGUCACCGUCGAACAGCAUCGACUACGGGAACAAUUGAGAAUGCAUGCAAUAGAUCAGAUGAUGAUGGUGAAGCUUCGAAAGAGAAAAUGUAUAUAAGUGGAAAAAUGAAGGAUGCAGAACUUCAUGCAAGAUUAGGCUUUUUCCUGGACAAUCCCUGCCGAAAUAGUGUUGAUAGUGCCAUAAAACAACCUCUUCAAUCAUGUACAUCAUUAGUAUCUACAAAUACAAGUCCAGUUUCCACCUUAACUGGGUCCUCAGAUGCCGACAUGUCUCGUGUCCUUCAGGACUCUGGUGUCUACAUUGGAGGUUCCAACUCAAUUGGAUCUCUCAUGUCUAUGUCCAUUUCCGAACAGAGCAAUAGUUCUUUGAGUCCAGUCACAAGGCGACACUCCGUUACAACAUCUCAAGCUGGAAAUGUGGAAGAUCUAACAUUAUUCAAGAAUCGUCGAGUUCCCAUACGAAGAUCUGCAAGAUCAGGAGCUCUCAAAGGCCCAGUAGAUCCUAAAAUUCGUUUUGCUCAAUACAGACAAACUCAGCAAUUAACGUUGAAACCUUUGUUCUUUGAGGUGCCUGUUCAGGAGCAGGAGCCUCUUUUCAUUGGCCGUCAAUGGCUUAUGAGGGAUAUAUCAAACAUUAUUAAUCAGACUGAUUCACAGGGCAUCUUGUUGCAAGGCAGUCCUGGCACGGGAAAGACAGCUGUUUUGCUGCAACUUGUGGAUCAUUCAUGUUUUGGCCGCCGACGAAGUGAAGCAAUGAGAGACAAUGAGGGCAUCUACUGCCAAGUUAAUGUGGUUAAUGAGCGAAUUAAAGCUCUCUCGUCAUACAUCGUGGCAUAUCAUUUUUGUCAGGCUGAUAACAAUUUAACGUGCCUUGUACCGGAUUUUGUACACUCGCUGGCAGCGCAGCUGUGUCAGGCACCUCAAUUGUGUGCAUACCGUGAUUAUCUGCUUGGGGAAUCGCACCUGCAAAAUAUUCUCAGUGUAAAAGAAUGUAUUGCUGAUCCCGAAAGAGCACUCAAAAUGGGUAUUUUGGAGCCCCUUAUUACACUAAGGCGUUCAGGAAAUAUCACAGCUAAGAACUGCGUUAUUCUCAUUGAUGCUCUAUGUGAAGCUGAGUAUCACAGACCUGAUCAUGGUGAUACUUUAGCUACAUUUUUGGCUAAGAUGGUAGCCCAUUUUCCACCAUGGCUGAAAGUUGUGGCUACAGUGCGAACUCAAAUGAUGGAAUUUGUAAAGAUGCUUCCACUUACUCGACUCUCCUUGGACAUAUCGAAUGAUACCACACAGAAGGAUAUCUAUGAAUAUUGUACAUUUAGGCUCAAGACUAGCUCAUCUAUUGUUAACAAUAUCCAUCCAAGUGGAAAAGAGGGAAAUAUGUCGAAUCAGAAUAAGUUCAUUCAGUAUUUGAUUUCACUGGCCAAGGGAUCAUUUCUGUUUGUGAAGCUUACUUUGGAUCUCAUUGAAUGUGGCCAUUUAGUCAUAAAGUCUUCCAGCUAUAAAGUACUUCCGGUGUCUCUGGCACAAAUCUUUCUGCUCAGGUUCAAUCUCAAAUUCCCCACGGUGACAAAGUAUGAAAGGGUGUCUAAUAUUCUGAAUGUCUGCCUAGCCACUCUCUAUCCUCUCACUCAAGUGGAGAUCUUUUACUCCAUUAAUGCUCUCCAUGCGAACAGCCCACUGACAUGGCAAGAGUUUGUAGAGAGUUUCAAUGAGCUGUCAGAUUUAUUGGUAAAACGCCUGGAUAACACCUAUAUGUUCUUCCAUCCAGCUCUUAGAGAGUGGCUCAUAAGGCGUGAUCCCAGUGAAAGUAUGAAGUUCCUCUGUGACUUUCGCCUUGGCCAUGCAGCUAUUGCCUUUCGUCUGUCACGCCUUCAUGCUCCACUGGAUGGAGAAUUGUCUUUAGAGCUGGGACAUCAUAUUCUCAAGGCUCAUAUCUAUCGCAAUAGCAACCACAGUCUCUUGCCACGUGAUCUUCAGGCGUACUGGAUUGCUUCAGUAACUGACAAUAUCUCAUCAUCUCUCUGUACCCUGCGCAAUGUCUACAGUCCUAAUAUCAAGGUUUCUCGACUGCUUCUUUUAGCUGGUGCUUCUCCUGAUUUUGUGACAGAUUUUGUUGGAAAUGCUCCAAUACUGUGCAUUGCUGCAUCUGAGGGAAUUGUAUCGAUGGUGAAUCUCCUGUUGGAAUUUGGUGCAGAUGUGGAAAAGUGCAACAGUCAGGGAAAUACGCCUCUCAUCUUGGCAUCAGCCAAGGGACAUUGUGAUGUUGUACGGCAGCUUGUAGCAGCUGGAAGUGCUCUUGGACACACAGAUACUUCUGGGAGAUGUGCUUUGGUUCAUGCAGCUAGAUCUGGAAAGUUGAAUGUUGUAAAAUAUCUGUUGGCCAGUGAUUGGAUUGGACGUGAUGGAUUCAACGAUAUGAGUCUUUCACAAGCAGCACAACAAGCCCUUGUGGCUGCCUCAUCUCAAGGUUCCACGGACAUUGUGGAGGAACUUCUGGAUUCGGCAGAUGUCUGUAUUGACGGAGAGGACAGUAUCACAGGUGAGACUGCUCUCACUGGAGCAGCAAAGUGCGGUUGUGUGGAUACUGUAACGGCCCUUUUGGCCCGCGGUGCUUCCUGUGGGGCACGAAAUCGAAAAAAUAUAUCUGCCCUGUUGGUUGCUGCCAAAGAUAAUCAUCGGGCUGUGAUUGAACGUCUCAUACAGUACCAUGUUGACUUGGAGGAUUCUGACAAUGAUGGGAAGACAGCAGUAAUUGUUGCUGCACAGGAAGCCAAUAUGGACGUUAUUGAGGUGCUCGUAGAACGAGGGGUGAACCUGGAGAAAAAAGAUAAUGAGGGUCUCACGGCUCUGAGUUGGUCAUGCUUGCGUGGUCAUCUGCAGACUGCCACAUAUUUGAUUGAGAAAUUGGCCAAUAUUCAUCAUACAGAUAAAACAGGCAGAACACCCCUUGAUUUGGCUGCAUAUCAGGGAUCAGGAGCUUUAGUACAGAUGUUACUAGAUCGCGGAUCGCAGAUUGAGCAUGUGGAUAUCAAUGGCAUGAGACCACUCGACAGGGCUAUAGCGUGCCGAAAUGUUCAGAUAAUACAGGUUUUUCUCAAAAGAGGCGCCAAACUGGGACCGACAACGUGGGCAAUGGCUUCAGGCAAACCAGAGAUAAUGCUACUCUUGUUGAAUAAAUUACUAGAGGACGGCAAUACACUGUACAGGAAGAAUCGCCUUCAAGAAGCAUCCCACAGAUAUCAAUAUGCACUGAAGAAAUUCCCUUUAGAUAAUUCAGAGCACAGUUCAACAUUCAAUCAGCUGAAGGUCAACUUUCUACUAAAUCACUCGCGAUGCAACAGAAAAAUGAAUAAUAUUGCAGAGGCAAUUGAUUUAGCAACGCAGGCGAUUGAAAUGAACCCAGAAAGCUAUGAGGGAUUUCAUCUGAGAGCAAAAGCUUUGUUGGAAUGUGGGCAAGUGGAGAAGGCAUUUUCUGACUCAAAAUCUGCCCUUCAGCGAGGACAAACAGCUUCUAUGGAUAUUAAAAAUGUCCUAAUUCGAUUUCACGAUGAGGUACUAAAGAGAAAAGCAUAUCUGCUCACACACGAGACCGAUUCAUCUACAGAUCUAUAAAUUCAAUUUGCAUAUAUUACCCCAUUUUUAUAAAAAAAAAACAGUAGCUAGAAAAAAAUGUAUACAUAUUGCAAGACAUUUAAUAUAAAAUAUUUCUUUUGUAAGAAAAAAAUAUGAAAAUAAUUGAUAAAAAAAAUUGUUUGGCAUGAAAAGACUGAUUAACGAGUUAUCGCUUUUCUUUUUCCCCCAAAAUUAUUUUUCGCUAUUUCUUUAAUAAUAAUUUUUUUUCUGUAAAUUGCUUAAAGCAUUUAAAGUUUGUGUUAUUUAAAUUAUUUAAAUUAUUUUUUAUAAUUCCUAAUUUCCAACCGCAUAUGUAAUAUGGACAGAGAUAUAUGAUAGCUAUUUUUUGUGUACUUUUUUUAUAUUAUGAAUAAACAAAUUGCUUCUUUAAAAAAAAAGUAAAUAAACAAAUCCGAUCUCUUGAUGGCAGAGGAACUCUGAUGGGAAAAUUAACUACGAGAAAACAACCAAAUUCACAUCCAGUUCUAUAUACUUCCAUCAUUUAUUUCCCAAAAAAAAGAUCAUCCUCUUUGUUUUCAUAUGUAUAACUUAAUUAAUAUUUCAUUAUUUAUACAUAUAAAGACGUUAAAUUUCAACAGAAACAGAAUUAAUUCAAAAUAGUGUUUUCGUGAAUGGUGUAUCAAACAAAAAAAAAAAAAAGAAAA